UAACAAUUUUUUUUCGCUUAAUCGACGCAGCGGCGAGCCAGCAACAUUUCCCGGAGGGAACCAUCCAUUUGGCGCCAGGCCGGACAUGGAUGGUAGCAGGAGGAAAGGCUACGCGUGGGCAAUCUCAGCUGGCCUCAACGCUGCGUUCGCUGCCAUUUCAGCUAAAUUCUUCUUAUCUCCUUUGGUUAGAUAUGGUCUGGUCAUAAUUUUCAACGUCAUCAUGUGGGGAUGUUACGUUAACAGCUUGAAAGCUCUUUCAUCCCUUCAAGCUACAGUUACGAAUUUCGCUACUAAUUUCCUCACUUCUGGCUUUGCCGGCUCCUUCUUGUUCGAGGAACCAUUGUCAUUUCGGUGGUUUGCAGGUGCCCUGUUCAUUGUAAUUGGUGUACUUAUCCUCAGCAAGUCAAACGUAGAGAGCAAGGCAAACAUUGAUUAGAGUUUCUGUUAAUGAUGCUGCAUUUAACCUGCUUAUUUUUGUAGCUAUUAAUCUCAGGCUUAGUUAUGCUUUUUGGGUUCUUUUGUAUGGAAGAACAUUUGAAAUUUGUUUUAGAAAAACUCUUUCCAUCGUCAACCACCAAGUUGCUGGUGCUACGUGUUUCCUCUCCUCGCUCUAUGUUUUUCAACAACCGAAGAGAUUCUUGCAGUUUUAGCAUAAAUCAGAAUCAGUUGGAUUUGCCUUUUU